AUGGGCCUUUUUGAUAAGCUGCGGCGAAGCUCACGACGAAGCUCGCGGCGAAGUGACCGGGAAACGACCGACCCACCAUCGCCCCGCGUUAACGUGCCCGGCCGAGAUUACACCAAACAGCUACCUCGGCCAGUAUUGGAACGCAUUUUCUCCUUUGUUUGUCCUCACACCAUCGACAACACAUAUGGCACCUCCGAGGAAUCUGCUAGCGAUGGAUGUAUGCUAUGCGACAUGCGCGACCUCGCACACUGCACCCUCGUGAACAAGCGGUGGUUUUUGAAUGCGCGGGCGCUUCUUUAUACCAACGUCCGAAUCGACCCCGUCCAUUACUGUGAACUCGAAAUCGAAUUAGCCGCCAAGCGAAAACGCCGCUCGUUCUUUGAUCGUAAUGGCGACCCUAUUGAUGCCCCGCAAGUCCGUCUGGAAAUGUUUAUGCGAACAGUGCGAGAGUCACAGGGGCUAGGGAACAUGGUGUUGUCGCUCCGAAUGCCAUACAUGACCCGCGAGGCCAACAAAGCCAACGUGGCCCGGACUAUCUCCGUCCUUCCUAAUCUCCGCUUUGUUGAUCUGCCGGUGGGUUUGUACAGUGACGAGGCAUCAUGUCUACCCUUGAAACAAGAGUUGAUGGCCCGAUGCCCCGAGUUGCGUCGGAUGGCCUAUCGUCAAGGUGCCGAGGGCAGUUUUUCACGUCUGCCGGGAUCCCAGCUAUGGAUUAAUUUGGAGGUGCUCGAGCUAUCUGGAGUUCAAAUGGAGGCUAGUACUCUGCGGGGCGGACUCGCUUCAUUCCCCCAUCUUCGUGAGCUCACGCUCGAAGAUCUCAAUUGGCUUGACGAUUCUGCAUUUGCAGUGAACGUGCCGCUUCCGCCAUUCCCGUCAGUUCAGUCUCUUACACUUCGCGAUACCCCUAAUGUCACGGCAAGCGGGCUUGCCGCGUUCCUUUCCAUGCCAGCGAACCGAGCGACUUUGGUAUCUUUGAUAUUAUCUUCUACCGGCGUUGCUCCGUCGCAACUACAUUAUAUUCUCGCCGCCGCUCCGCGGCUUGAGAGCCUUUCUGUCAUCCAGGAGGUCUCUCGCUCUUUCCCCAUGGAGCAGAUUCCUCCCAUGGCAUCGAGGUCGCUGCACCUUCUGCACUAUGAACUCACAUCCGAAACCGAUAAUCAUGGAAUGCCACCAGUGGUAUCCUCAUACUAUACCUAUCUUAUUUCGUCCUUGGUGUCCCGAACCUUACCAACCCUUCGAGAGUUAUAUGUCCGUGAUUCCUCAUUCCCCGACACACUGUUGCUCAUGCCGCCACCACGACUCUUCGGCGGUGGUGAAAACGGGCCGCAGAUGCGGGGCGGUCUUUCGCAACCCCUGAAUGUGUACAGCAAGGGUUUGGAUGAGUUCGAGUGGAAUUUCACACCAUACGACCCCAGCCCGGCGCCCGGACGCCGCGACUCAAGUACGCGCCCCGUAAGCUUCCACGAGGCCCAGCUGAACCGGUCUUGGGGUGGUGAUGCUCGCAAGAGCGUGCUUGUCGGGAACGGCUUCGGUGGGUUCCUGGCUGUUCCGGCUGAGGAAGAGCGACCCAUGAGUAGUCAGGGACACAACAAGCGGUCGAGUAAACAGGAUAUAUGGCGGUGA